AUGCCGCGCUCCAGGCCUGCCACGACAGGCUACGAACGCCUCGCCCAAGCCGACGACAUCCUCAGCGACGACUCCGACGAUGACCCGCUUGCCUACAGCUCGGCGUCGCUGCAGCCGGCGUCGGCGCCGCGCUUUGCUCCCGUCUCGCAGCCGCGGCCCCACUCGGGCAUGACCAGCCCCAAGAUGUCGUCGAGCUCCAUCCCCGGCAUGUCGCGCUCCUCACGCCACCGCCGCCGUCUGCGCAGCAAUUCGGGCGUCGACCUCAAGGCCAUCAACGCUCGCCUCGAGCGCUGGGCCGACGAGAUUGCCAGCAAGUUCAAGCGCGGCCGAGCCAAGAAGACGGGCGAUGAUGACGAGCGCCUCGAGAUCCACCACUCCGUCUUCCAGCCCCCAGAGGGCGUGCGCCCCGUCACCGCUGACAUGCUCGCCCGACCCGAGCCCGGCUACAUGACCAGGGCCGAGUUCGAUGUCAUUGUCGGCAGCGUCAGAUCCGCCAUCCAGCAGGGCGUCCACCCGCGCAUGAUAGCCCAGGGUAGCUCUGGCAGCUACUUUGCACGCAAUCCCGAAGGAAAGGUCAUCGGCGUCUUCAAGCCCAAGGACGAGGAGCCCUACGCCGCCGGCAACCCCAAGUGGAAUAAGUGGAUUCACAGAAACCUGUUCCCAUGCUGUUUCGGCAGGGCUUGCCUCAUUCCCAAUCUUUCCUACGUCAGCGAGGCCGCCGCCUACGUUCUCGAUGCCCAGCUCCGCACCCACAUGGUACCCUACACCGACGUGGUCAACCUCUCGUCAAAGUCCUUCCACUACCCCUUCUGGGAGCGAUACAACUUCUCAAGAAACAAAAAGCCGCUGCCCGCAAAGCCGGGCAGCUUUCAGGUCUUCCUCAAGGGCUUCAAGGACGCAAACGUCUUUCUGAGGGAGCACCCAUGGCCGGACCAAUACCUGUCUGGGUUCCGGACGAACGACCCCCACAGGAAACGCAAGAAGCGGUGGGCAGACAACUGCCGGCCGUCGAGGGGCGCGCCAGCCGACGAUGUGGAGGGCGGCAACGGACAGGACAGCCCGCAGUCAUCUACACCGGGGCCCGGUAACUUUGUCUGGACGCCAACACUGAAGCAAUCGUUCAGAGAAGAGCUAGAGAAGCUCGUGAUUUUGGAUUACAUUAUGCGCAACACGGACAGAGGGCUGGAUAAUUGGAUGAUCAAGGUGGACUGGGAGACGGAACAGGUAUCCGUUGUCUCGGAACCGGUUCACUUUAAUAUGGAGGAGCAGAACGGCACAGCGGCAGAAGACGAAUCCGACCUAGUGCCGAGACCUGUUGACUUGUCGCAGCUAGAGCCCGGCCGGACACGGGCUUCGUACCCAUAUAGGAGGCAGCAGCCCAUGGACGCAACGUCGCCGUUACCAUCGUCCGGCUUUCGUGAGCCGAAGAUAACAAUUGGGGCCAUUGACAACUCGCUGUCGUGGCCCUGGAAACACCCUGACGCGUGGAGAAGUUUCCCCUUUGGCUGGCUUUUCCUCCCAGUCGACCUCAUUGGGCGGCCCUUCUCGCAAAAGACGCGUGACCACUUUCUCCCACUGCUGACGUCGACGCACUGGUGGAGCCAGACGCAGCUCGCGCUCCGGCGCGUGUUCCAGAUCGACCCAGACUUCCAGGAACGCAUGUUUGCGCGGCAGAUAGCCGUCAUGAAGGGGCAAGCAUGGAACGUUGUCGAGACGCUCAAGAUGGCCGACCACGGGCCACUCGAGCUGACGCGCCGCGCCAAGGUCUGUGUCUGGGAUGAUCUGGUCGAUGUGCCAAUUGCCGUGCCUAUGAGGCUCACGAGCUCGGAGAUGCGCCGCCGCGCCGAGGCCGAUCUCUUCGUUGCCGAGGAUAUCGAGGAGGAGGAGAUGGAUAUAGGCGCGACUAACUCUACGCCGGGUCCCGCCCGCACCGCCUCGGCCACGGUAAAUGUUGACAUAUUAAACAUAUCAAACAUAUCCAUUCCGCCGCAGCAGCCCUCUGAGCUGCCUCACUCUGGGCGCUUCGAGAUGGCAACAACUCCUGGGUCGGCCUCGAUAUCAGCCUCGGGAAUCAUCCCGGUGCCCGACCCAGAUGCUGCCAGCGGUGACGGGUUGCCGCACUCGGUCCCCAGCGAGCCCCUCAGCCACUCUCCCCUCCUCAACGGCAGCGUCAGCUCCUCUCUCCCCGUUACCAACCGCGAUACGAGCGAAGUGGAGCGACAGCAGCAACAGCAGCAGCGGCCCAAUAACCUCGGUGGCGGCGCUACACGCCCCACAUUAUCACACACCUCCCUAAGCCACGGGCCCCCGGCCCGAUCGCUUAAUAUGUACUCGCCCGAGCGCCAGCGCGAGCACCAGCGCCGCUUCUCGUUUGCCAACCAUGCCGGCCGCCGCAACAGCAACCUGUAUUACGGGAAUGGUAACGGUAACGGCGGCCACCACCGCUAUAGCAGUGAUUACACUUAUGCCGUCGGUGACGGCGACGACGACGAGCUCGAGGGCGAUCUCGGCUAUGCUGCCGCCGAGGGCAUGGAAGGGAAUCAGCGCAAGGUUAUUGUCGAGCGUCUCGAGGCGGUCAAGAGCAAGAAUCCCGUUUUUACGUGGUGUUAG